AUGCUGGACGAUUUCAUUGCUGAAAAUCAACCUAUUGACACAUGUUCCCUUCAACUUGGCUUGAACUCAUCCUCUGAUUGUGAAAUUGCCAUGCUUAUUGGGCCAACUCUAAGCCGAUUCAGAGUAAGAGCAGGCUCACCAUCUAUAAAGCAAUCAUCAAACUCCGCUGGAGGUCGAUCUCAGCAAUCAAUAGUAGAAAGUCAUUUGCCUAAUCCUUUGCAAAUGCCCUCUUUGCUGCGUCUUCUGGCUGUUGUUGAGGAUUUCAGACACGGAGGGCGUAUCAACGCUCUUCUUGGUUGCUCACUUCUUUUGCCUGAUUCCAUAGACUUUUCUUCCUUGGAGGGAUAUAUAUCCUCUUCAUCCUAUAAAGCAUCGGUUUCCAACGGGAUUUGUAAUUCAGAAUUCGAAGAACUCCUUCUUAUGUCUACAAACUGGUUAUUUCUUCCAGGUGAAUCAAUCAUGGAGGCCAUGGUCGCGCCCGAUAUCCUUAUUUCACAGCAUCACCAAUUGCUUGAAACACUUUUGGUUCGUCUUUCCCAGAUCGCUUCACUCAGAUAUCACCUUCGUAAUUCUCUUCUAACUAGGGCACGCUUGCUGCGACGUGUUGGUGUUCGUAAGAAGAAUCUAGAACAUUCUCUUGUCAAUGCAACUCUUCCAAUGGACAUUCAAGGGCAUCAGGACUCAUUGAUUUCCCUGAAUUCCAAAGCCGCCACUCACGUUUCCCGGUUUAGUGAACAACCUUCAUUGGUUUCAGAGAUGACAGAGAAUACUCCUGUUGGCAUCCUUCUACCCACGGCUAGUUUUGAACCCAGGUUUUCCCUAACUCGUUUCACAACGACUGGCUAUCUUUCUGCUGUCUAUCUAAUGUUGUAUUCUCCACCAUCUUUGAAAGCUCGCAGGUUUGUGCUUGGGUGA